AUGAAUCGCAAGCUGCAGACGUCGCUUUUAGACUUUGGUGACUGGUCGGUCGAAGUGGAAGACAGACGCAAGCUGCCGGACGUAGUCGCCUACAAGGUUCCCGUGAUCGAGUUCACCGACAAAGGUGAAGCCACUCACACGUCCCGGCACGCCAUAGACGCGGAAAUCAUGGAACUGUCUCUAUCGGCACACUGGCCAGUCCUGCAACACCCGAAUCUCGUGAACUUUCUUGGAUUGGCGUGGGGCAGAAAUCCAUUCAAUUCCAUGCAGGAGCUGCCGGUCAUCAUUGUGGAGUUUGCGGAAUGCGGGAGCCUCUCGCAAUUGCAACAACGGGAGUAUCUCGGCAAAGAGACUCGGCGAAAGCUCUGCCUUGACGCAGAGAAUGUCUUGGUCUCUCCCAAUGAGAAGCACAAGUAUAAAGCCAAACUGAGUGAUUUCUGCUACUCCGUGGUUAUGAAUACUGAAAAGAGAAGCCUCUCGCUGGGGGGAACCCGGUCAUGGAAGGCCCCCGAGGCGAAGACAGCGGACCGGGUAUCAGACACAAAGCUCCAUUUGGACCCAUCCAAGCAUGGCGAAGAAUUCUAUCAUUUGCUCUCUCUCCAGCAGCAAUUGCAACAAAUUAACACACAGGUCGAAGAUGCUGCAGGUAAUAUUGACGGCAUUGAAAGGACUCUAUGUGCCAUUUCAGUCAUGGAUGUUCUGAUGUUGGAGCCCAUGAAGCAACAGUUCAUUGCCGGCGUUCAACGUUUUGUUAGCUUAUUGAAUGAGCCAUGUAGAAGUGACCUCAACAAAAUCAUGGCAUUCCUUGAUUCUGACCGAGCCAGUGCGGAUCCAGAUCAGCUGUUACAAUCGAACCUGAACCAACAUCAGUUCCAGUGUAAUCACUGGACGAAGAUGGACCCUUCUGUUCAAAGCCUCAAAGAGAAUAUGCUGAACCCGCCGGAGGCUUUUCUUCUCACAAGUCUCUAUAUCAAUGGAUAUGGUGUAGACAAGGAUACAUCGUGCGCAUCCAAGUGGCUCUUCCACGCCUGGGGAGUAGAUCAUCCACUUUCGGCGGCGUACGGGUAUCGAAUCGCGCGUGCGACUGGCAUCACAUUUGAUAACACAGAGAGCGUAGUCGCAUCGUUAAAAUUAAUGGCCCUGCGUGAUUCAAGAACUGCUCUCGAAGAUCUCGCGAUCGUAUCCAAGGACGAAUACAAGGAAACGAAGAAAAUUAUUCGCACCGGCCUCCCAGGCACCGGCGCGAAUCACUCUUCCGAAGAAGAACUGCUUCAUGGUUUUAGGUGCGGAAUGUGGAUAAAGACUUUUGAAAACAUUCCCAUUAUACUCGAGAAUUUUUCUCGACUGCCUCACAUCGCUGAUUACACGAUUAACAAGAGAGGCGACCGCAUCCUUCGCAUGGCCGUAAGUUGUGGUCAAACAGAAGCGAUCGAGGCUCUGCUAAAUCGAUUUCCCUCACUUACUGUUAAUCAACUCAAUAACCGGGGCGAGACGCCGCUUUUAUGCGCAUGCCGUGCCGGCCAAAGUCGAACAGUCUUGUGGCUCACCUCGCAUGGAGCAACUGCAUUAAUAGGAGCACGGAAUGGAGAGUCUCCACUUCACUGGCUGAUAUCCUUCGAUGAUGAAGAGGUGGAAAGAGUCUACCCAGGACUGAUCCAACCUGGCGCAGAUACAACCGCGAAGACAUCAACCAUCAUAGACUACCAAGCGGACUUUCCGGCAGUGGCAGUUCCUGAUCGGCUCCCGAGGGGUUAUGCUAUCGGAUGGGACUCGUUAGUUCGAGUAUCAGAUGGGCUAAUGUGCGACCUAGCAACUCACUGUGACCGCCCUCAAAUUGUACCGUUUUUGCUGUCCAACAUUGCAGAUCCACGGAUAUGUAACGAAAGGUGGCCUCAAGCAAACAGUGCGUUGAGGGUUGGCGCAUCGCAGCUUCGUUCAGAGUGUUUGGAAUUGAUGAUGCACGCCAUGGAGCGAUACAAUGUUGAGCAAGGGAGAGCAGGAUCCCGCGACUUCUUAGUGGCGGAGCUCCUUGAGCAAGCCGUCCAUGGCAGUAGCCUGUUUGAUAUGAUCUUUUAUCAUGCCCCGAAGUAUCAACAGGCGUUGGAAUCAACAUUCAACUGUCUGCUGCCCAGGGCCAGCAGAAUUGCUUAUGACGCUUACGGCGGGUUCAAGCAAACGCUUCUCUAUUUCGCCGUUUCGCUAGCCCGAGAUGAAUUGGUUGACUACCUCGUCAAACAAGGAGCCGACGUUAUCAAAGCUAGAACAGACCAUGAUGAAGAAAUCAUUGAAUCUCAGGAUGUUGGUUCCUUCAAAAGGGCCGACAUCGAUCGCGCAAGCGGCGUUUACAUGCGAACGCCGCUUCCAGAGCCACAUGGGGCACAAGCCACCAAAGUUUCCAAGAAUCCAUUCAGCGGACAAGAUUCAACGUGGACCGCUCUCCGUAUCUUGGCCUAUGCAGGGCAAGAUGCUACGUGGCUAGUCGAACAACUUCUCGACCACGACGCGGCCCUCAAUGGCCUCCCAGACCAUUUCCAUAUAACUGAAUCCCCGUUGCACAUAGUCGUGCAGAAUGGCGCCUUCCAUAUCGCCGACAGCCUUGUAUCGCCUGGUGCCGACUUGAACUUCACCACCCUGAGCUGCGGCCACCUGACCUUGUCAAACCCCACAACCAUCCUCGGUCAUGUUAUCGCCUCUAACGCGCGCAAUUCAAUCGCACGUCUCCGCUGCCAUCUUGGCAGCCCAUCAAUGCGCGAUGGCCUGCAUCUAAUCGUAGAGCCAGCCCGGCAGAGGUCGGCACUGCACCGUGCCGCAGCGGCUCAUAUCGACGUCGAGUUCCACGGGACGGAUGCGGCCGAGGCGGCGGAGCUACACUGGGCUGACGUUGAUUGGAGUGCCAACCGCGAGAUCAUGAAUGAGAUACUCCGGCAUUUUAACGGACCGGAGCAGCUUAACGCUGUUGAGACGAGCACGGGGCUAUCACCGAUGCACCUGGCGGUUCUCGCGGGGAACGAAGCUGCAGUGAGCUUGCUUCUUGAUCAUGGUGCCCGCAGCGAUGUGCCGAGUGUAGGUGGUCAGGGUGCGACAGCCGCUGAUACGGCACUUGGAAUACAGAUGGGGGGCAGAGAGGAGGUGGCGGCUCGGAAACAAUGCAGCAAUCUUCUAAAUCCCGCAACCCAAUCUGCGGCCCAGGCUCAGCCCGCCUUAGCCUGA